CCACCUAUUCUCACUGCGCAUGCGCGGCUCAGGGAGCGCGCAGCGGGGGGACAUGUAUACUGAUCAUCAGAGCACUGAUGAUCAGUGUAGCCCCAGCAGUGGCACCUGUCAGUGUCCAUCAGUGCCUCGUGCCAGUGUCCAUCAGUGCCACAUCAAUGCCACAUAUCAGUGCCUACCAGUGCACAUCAAUGCCACAUAUCAGUGCCCAUCUGAGCUGCCUUUCAGUGUCACCCAUCAGUGCCAGUCAGUGCUAUCUAUCAAUGCCUAUCAGUGCUGCCAAUCAGUGCCACCUAUCAGUGCCAGUCAGUGCCGCCUAUCAGUGCGCAUCAGUGCCGCCUAUCAGUGUGCAUCAGUG